CUCAGGGCGGGCCGGGAGCGCGGCGGGGCCGGGGGGACGCGGGGCCAUGGACGAGGCCGAGCCGAGCGAGCGCAGCCCUUUGCUGAGCAGCGGCGAGCGCGGGCGCGCCGCCAGCAGCGCCUUCCAGGGCCGGCGGCUGGCCUGCGCCGCCGUGCUGCUGGCCGAGCUGCUGGAGCGAGUGGCCUUCUACGGCAUCACCUCCAACCUGGUGCUGUUCCUCAACGGGCCGCCCUACGGCUGGGAGGGCGCCCAGGCCAGCCAGGCGCUGCUGCUCUUCAUGGGCAUCACCUACCUGGUGUCGCCCUUCGGGGGCUGGCUGGCCGACGCGCUGCUGGGCAAGUUCGGCACCAUCCUGCUGAGCAUGGCGCUGUACCUGCUGGGCAUGCUGGCCUUCCCCGUCAUCGCCGCGCCGCACACCCGCCAGGGCCUGUGCGGGGACAUCCCGCUGUUCCCCGUGGAGAACUGCUCCUCGCCGGCGGCCAACGCCACCCUGGCGCCCUGCUCGCAGGCGGGGGCCACCCGCUACUGCGCCACCGCCACCUUCGUGGGACUGGUCCUCGUGGGGCUGGGCGUCGGUUCGGUCAAGGCCAACAUCACCCCGUUCGGGGCAGACCAGGUCAAAGACCGGGGUCCAGAAGCCACAAGAAGAUUUUUUAAUUGGUUUUAUUGGAGCAUUAAUUUGGGAGCUAUCCUCUCCCUGGGAGGCAUUGCAUACAUCCAGCAGAACGUGAGCUUUGUGAUUGGAUACAGCAUCCCAGCAGUCUGCAUUGGGAUUUCAUUCAUGGUUUUCUUGUGUGGGCAGAGCUUCUUCAUCACCAAACCUCCUGAUGGCAGUGCCUUCACAGACAUGUUCAGAAUUCUCACAUACUCCUGUUGCUCCAAGAAGAGCCACGGGGAACAUUCAGCAAACAGUGAAGGCCAGGGAGUGCUGCACCCACCUCGCAGGCAAAGCCUCUUCGAGAUGGCCAAGCUGUCCCGGGGGGGCCCCUUCAGAGAAGAUAAAGUGGAAGAUGUCAAAGCUCUUGUCAAGAUUAUCCCUGUCUUUCUGGCUUUAAUACCUUACUGGACAGUGUAUUUUCAAAUGCAGACAACAUAUGUACUACAAAGUCUCCAUCUGAAAAUUCCUGAGAUCUCCAAUGACACCAACUCCAUCCACACGUUCCCAGCAGCCUGGCUGACCAUGUUUGAUGCAGUGCUUAUCCUGAUCCUAAUCCCCUUGAAGGACAAGCUGGUGGACCCCAUUCUGAAGAGGAAUGGCUUGCUGCCCUCCUCACUGAAGAGGAUUGCAGUUGGAAUGUUCUUUGUGAUGUGCUCUGCCUUUGCUGCAGGAAUUCUGGAAAGCAACAGACUGAAAAUUGUAAAGGUUAAAACAAUUAACCAGACAAUUGGGAAUGUUACAUACCAUGCUGCAGAUUUGCCAAUCUGGUGGCAGAUUCCUCAAUAUGUGCUGAUUGGAUUCAGUGAAAUAUUUGCAAGUAUAGCAGGUCUAGAAUUUGCAUAUUCAGCUGCUCCCAAAUCUAUGCAGAGUGCCAUUAUGGGGCUGUUCUUUUUCUUUUCUGGGAUUGGCUCCUUUGUUGGCUCUGGACUGUUGGCACUGGUGUCUAUUAAAGAAAUUGGCUGGAUGAGUAAUCACACAGACUUUGGUAAUAUUAAUGGCUGCCAAUUGAACUAUUACUUCUUCCUGCUGGCUGCCAUCCAGGGAGCCACCCUGCUGCUGUUCCUGAUCGUUUCUGUGAAGUACGAGCACCACAGGUCCCGGGCGGGGGAGGUGGCGGCCAACGGGAGGCUGUGAGCCCCGAGGGCUGGGCAGGCUGAGCUGCCGCCUGUCCGGGCUGGGUGUGCCUGCCCGGGGCUGGGUGUGCCUGUCCGGGGCUGGGUGUGCCUGUCCGGGGCUGGGUGUGCCUGCCCGGGGCUGGGAGCGCCUGUCCGGGCUGGGAGCGCCUGCCCGGGGCUGGGAGCGCCUGCCCGGGGCUGGGUGUGCCUGUCCGGGGCCGGGAGCGCCUGCCCGGGGCCGGGAGCGCCUGCCCGGGGCUGGGAGCGCCUGUCCGGGGCUGGGUGUGCCUGUCCGGGGCCGGGAGCGCCUGCCCGGGGCUGGGAGCGCCUGUCCGGGGCCGGGAUUGCCUGCCCGGGGCCGGGAGUGCCUGCCCGGGGCUGGGUGUGCCUGCCCGGGGCCGGGAGCGCCUGUCCGGGGCUGGGAGUCACUGCCCGGGGCCGGGAGCGCCUGUCCGGGGCUGGGAGUGCCUGUCCGGGGCCGGGAGCGCCUGCCCGGGGCCGGGAGCGCCUGUCCGGGGCCGGGAGCGCCUGUCCGGGGCUGGGAGUCACUGCCCGGGGCUGGGUGUGCCUGUCCGGGGCCGGGAGCGCCUGCCCGGGGCCGGGAGCGCCUGCCCGGGGCCGGGAGCGCCUGCCCGGGGCUGGGAGCGCCUGUCCGGGGCCGGGAUUGCCUGCCCGGGGCCGGGAGCGCCUGUCCGGGGCUGGGAGUCACUGCCCGGGGCUGGGAGUCACUGCCCGGGGCUGGGAGCGCCUGUCCGGGGCUGGGAGCGCCUGCCCGGGGCUGGGAGCGCCUGUCCGGGGCCGGGAGCGCCUUACGGCAGGGCUGGCCUCGCCCAGGUCCUGGCAGGGGACAGCAGCCCGCAGCAGCUGGGUGCUCUGUGCUCGGGGACGUGGGCACUGAGCUCCUGCAGUGGGGCUGAGGGGUGCCAGCACUGCCCUGACCCAGCUGAGCCCUGGAGCCACACCAACCCUCCCAGGACACAGCACAGGCACCAUCUGACAGCACCUCAGGCACUGCACGGGGGAGGAACAGGCACAAACUCAAUUACAAAGCAGCCAGAUCAAAAAGGAAUGUAAUUUUAUAACUGACCUCUUACUGACAGUGUGUCAAGGAUGGAAGUCCAGACUUGCAGUCAGGACUGACUCCUAAAUCCCAGUGUUUUAUCAGACAGCUGCAGCAGAUUUUGGUGCACAGUUUGAAAUUUAGCUGCAGCAGUGUUUUUAUUUUUGAGCUGCAUUAGGUGUCUUAGGACAACAGCCACCUUUGGACAGACCCUGUUCAGUCUGGCACUGUUACUCCCCUGAGGACUUGCAAACAUUUGCAGGGAGAAUUCUGAGCAGAUCAAUGCACAGUGAGCAUUCAGCAGCCUUUAGCCAGGUCCUUCAGUCUUGUCUUAUUUUAGUUAACGUGCUCCAGGGUUUGGAUCUUUCAGCAACACAUUCCUCCAGCAGAGCAAAUGGCUUUAUGUUCAGCAUUUUAAUGAUUCUAACAGCUGCACUUCAGAGUGUGUGCACACUGGUAUGGAAGGUGCAAGGAGUUAUGCAGAAAGAGAAUAAAACCUUUUUAUUAAUGUGUUGGAUUUUUAUAGUUUCCUUUGUCUGCAGUUCUGUUGUUUAAAAUGUCCUUAUUUUGUACAAGGACAUCUUUUUAAUGAGUUUACAAAACAAAAUGAACCUCCAUGCUGUGACUUUUGACCCUUUGUUUCUAGGUGAAUAAAAUUAUACUACAA